CAUUCAAACGAAAAUGAAGAAAGGAGCGACCCCUAAAGCUACUGCAAGUCGUCCUAAUGCUCCUGGUAAAAACUAUUUGGUAUAUGGAGCAAACUUCCACGGAAGUUAUCUGGAUACAGUACAUAAUGUAUUUUUGGAACAAGUAAAAGGUGGUUUAAGGAGAAAGAUAUUUGUUAUAAAUUUUGAUCAAAUGAAGGAAAAACAAGCUGCGAUUGCAGAAGCUCCAGCAAAAAAUGUUGGCAAAAAGAGUGCAAAAGAAAAACCUGUUACACCUCUUCAAAUGUUAUUAAAAUCUAUUGCCGAAUGCAGAUCGGAAUAUGAUCGAAUAACCAAAGAAAUAGAAAAAGAAAAACGUUUCGAUAUGUUGGUGUACUGGCUUGGCAAUGCUGAAACCACAGUUAUGUUUGAAGAUCCGAUAUUGACUAAAAAGGAGUCAAUAAAAGAUUCAAAAACAAAAGUUAAAACACGAAGAAGUCAGAGAAUUAGUACUGGAACUACUUUAAUGACAGAGCUAAGUUUUGAUUUGACUAUGUGCACAAAUGUUAUACGUAAAGAACAUCACUCUGUUGGACGACCCGUGCAGUUGUCUAAACGAAAGUAUAUCGAAGAUCAUCCACAAAACAUUAAAAUAAUUAUAGUAAUUGUUGGAAACUUAGAUCAGAAAAUGUAUCACGAUCUACUUAGUAUCGAUCAUUUUAAAAAACUAUUUGGCAAUCCUUAA